CAAUGCGUGUUGUUUGUGUGGUUUCCUUCGUGGGUUUAGGGCGUUGUUCUUUGCUCUUAGGCAACCAUGGACGACCCCACUAUUAACUUGAGUGAUGAAGAUGAAGAAAUGGAACAGCAGAAUGCACCUCUUGCCUAUGAAGGGUCUCUGAGUAAAUGGACAAAUUACAUUCAUGGCUGGCAAAGUCGCUGGAUGGUUCUAUCAAAUGGGACACUCUCUUACUACAAGUCUGAGCACGAGCAGGGCGUCGGCUGUCGCGGUGCCAUCAGCGUCUUCAAAGCUGUCAUCAAGCCUCACGAGUUCGAUGAGUGUCGGUUCGACGUCUGCGUGGGCGACUCGGUGUGGUACCUGCGCUCCAACGCGCUCGACGACCGCAACCGCUGGAUGGAGGCCAUCGAGCGCGCCAAAUGCGCGGACUCGGCGUAUGGCAGCGCCAACAGUCUGAAGCGGCACGGCUCGGCGCUCUCGCUCACAUCCAAUACGCUGUCCGGCUCCGGCGUCAAAUGGUGCAAAGGUCUGCGGGAGAAGGUCGAGGAACUGGAGACGUUCCGCGACAUCCUGACGCGCCAGGUGGACACGAUGCAGAACUACUUCGACGCCUGCAUCUCGGUCACGGACGCCGGCCGCGGCCACGGCGUGGGACACCCAGCCUGGAGUGAUAGCGACGACGAUGCCCUGCCGACGGAGACGCGAGGUGACGCCGCCAAAGCCCCACCGACUCCAUCGCGAGAGGCGUUCCAGGCGCAGGGGCUGGAUCCGAUCGACUUCAAAGGAGAGGCCAUCACGUUUAAGGCGACCACGUCGGGCGUGCUGUCCACGCUGCAGCACUGCGCCGAGCUGAUGGCGCAGCGUGAGGACGCCUGGCGCCGGCGCAUGGAGCGCGAGCUCGAGCGGCGCCGCCAGCUGGAGGAGCUGCUGGCGCGCCAGCAGGAGGCGGCCGCGCUGGCCGCCGGCGCCGGCACGCCGCCGCCCAGCAGCCCGGCCAGCGCCGGCUCCAAGCAGCGGCACAUCAUGUUCGGCGGACCCGACUACCAG